UUUUUAUAGAAUUUUUUAAAUAAUGGAAGAAGAGAUCACAUCGGUGGUGAUAGAUAAUGGGUCUGGUAUUUCGAAAGCGGGGUUUGCUGGGGAUGAUUCUCCACGGGCUGUCUUUCCAACAAUAGUGGGGAAGCCAAAAUCUUCAGGCCUUACCACUAGGAUUGACCAGAAAGAUGUAUAUGCUGGAGAAGAAGCUUAUAACAAGCGGAGUAUACUCAAUACUCUCUAUCCUAUUGAAGCUGGUUAUGUUAAAUACUGGGAUGAGAUGGAGAAGAUUUGGAAUCAUACUAUUUAUAAUGUGCUAAAAGUAUCCCCUGAAGAGCACCCUUGAUUACUCACAGAAGCUCCUUUGAACCCUAACAAGAAUAGAGAAACAAUGACUCAGAUAAUGUUCGAGGUGUUUAAUGUCCCUUGUCUGUUUGUGCAACAACAGGCUGUACUUGCAAUGUAUUCUUCAGGGAGAACAACAGGGCUCGUACUUGACUCUGGAGAGGGUGUCUCAAAUUCAAUGUCUAUUUACGAAGGCUACUCCAUCCCAAAUUCUAUCGAGCGGAUUGAAUUAGCAGGAAGCCACAUUACUAAAUACCUUCAAGGCCUGCUUAAAGGCAAGAAUAAGAACUUAUCGACAGAAGCUGGACUUGAAACAGUGAAAGACAUUAAGGAAAAACUCUGUUUCGUAGCUCAACAGGAUUUUGAUAUUGCAAUGAAGCAAUCAGUCCAUGAUGGCUCAGUUGAAAAGGCUUAUGACCUGCCUGAUAAGACGACUAUCACAGUUGAGGAUCAGCGAUUCCAGUGCCCAGAAAUUCUCUUUCAACCUGGCCAUGCAGGCUAUGAGAUGUCUGGGGUUCAUAAAUAUGUCUACGAUUCUAUAAUUAACUGAGAGGAAGACCUCAGAAAAGAUCUCUUUAGUAAUAUUAUACUUUCUGGAGGAACAACUCUGUUUGAAGGGUUUGGUGAGAGAAUAUGGCGUGAGAUGCAUAAACUCUCUCCUUCCAGUAAGAUUAAAAUACUGGCUCCACCAGAAAGAAAUCACAGUGUCUGGCUUGGAGGAUCUAUCCUUGCAGCUCUCAGCACUUUUCAAACAAUGUGGAUUAAUAAAUCAGAGUAUGAUGACUGUGGGCCUGCUAUCAUUCACAGAAAAUGUUUCUAAAAUCCGCUAAAUUCUUCUUUUAAAACAUUGUUCAAUUU